CCCAACUCCGUGAAGAGGAGACUAGAAACAUCAUUUCUACCCAAAUUAAAAACAAUUAUCUUCUCUUUGUCAAGUGCUAACAAGAAAGAAAUUAUGCCGAUCAGCAGAAUUUCUGUGGGUACCCCGGAUGAGGCCCGCCACCCAGACACUCUAAGGUCGGGAUUGGCUGAGUUUAUCUCAACUCUUAUCUUCGUGUUCGCCGGACAGGGUUCUGGGAUGGCUUUCGCUAAGCUUACCGAAGGUGCUGCUAACACCCCUGCUGGUCUUGUUGCUGCUUCUAUUGCUCAUGCUUUUGCGCUUUUCGUUGCGGUUGCUGUCGGAGCUAACAUCUCUGGUGGACAUGUUAACCCUGCUGUUACUUUUGGCGCUUUUGUUGGUGGUAAUAUUACUCUUCUUAAUGGCAUUGUUUACUGGAUUGCUCAACUUCUUGGCUCUGUUGCGGCUUGCGCUUUGCUUAAGUUUGCCACUGGUGGCUUGGAAACUGCUGCCUUUGCUUGCGCUACCGACGUAUCCGCAUGGAACGCCCUAGUAAUGGAAAUAGUGAUGACCUUCGGAUUGGUAUACACCGUGUACGCCACCGCCAUCGACCCAAAGAAGGGCAACAUCGGAAUCAUUGCUCCCCUCGCUAUCGGUUUAAUCGUUGGUGCUAACAUCCUUGCCGGUGGUGCCUUCGACGGUGCUUCAAUGAACCCAGCCGUGUCCUUUGGUCCAGCCGUCAUGAGCUGGAACUGGACCAACCACUGGAUCUACUGGGUUGGACCACUCAUUGGUGCUGGAAUUGCUGGUCUUAUCUAUGAGUUUAUCUUCAUUGGUCACCAAGAGCCUGCAUCAGCUGACUACCAAAGACUUUCUGCUUAAAUUUUCAAAAUUCAAUAAUAAUAAAAACCAAAAAAAAAAAAAAAUCAUGUUCUUGAUCCAUGUGAAUUUUUAGUUAAAAUGUAAGAUGGGAGUUUGUUUUCAUUUUGUAGUUUGAUGGAAUAUUAUUGGCUUUUUAUUGUAUCAUUUUGAGGAUUUGAAUUUGUGGGCUUUUGGUUUUUGUGACAAAUUCUUCCAAUCAUGGUGGUAAUCUUAUGUGGGUCGUUCAUUAAUCGUCACCAUCAUUUAUUAUGAGAUUCGUUCUUUUAUUUUAAGUGGAUUGAAUGGAUGGUGAUGUUUUGGGCGGUAUUCUCAUGAGUCUCAUAUCAUGGAUGUAUUUAUUUAAUAUUAUGUGCUCUUAUCCUAA